AAAAGAAAAAAGAAAAGAUACAGUUAACGCAGCAGGGAUAUUUGAGGAAAAAGUGAUGGUUAUGAAGUUUUGAGAUGCCAAAGGUAGCACAAACUUGUACUUAUGGAAUGCUUUAUGUUUCCCAAGGCUGUGGAUCUCUCUGUUGAUGAGUCUAGCUUGACAGGAGAGACAACCCCUUGUUCUAAGGUGACAGCUCCUCAGCCAGCUGCAACUAAUGGAGAUCUCACAACAAGAAGUAACAUUGCCUUCAUGGGAACACUGGUCCGAUGUGGCAAAGCCAAGGGUAUUGUCAUUGGAACAGGAGAAAAUUCUGAAUUUGGGGAGGUUUUUAAAAUGAUGCAAGCAGAAGAAGCACCCAAAACCCCUCUGCAGAAGAGCAUGGACCUCUUAGGAAAACAGCUGUCCUUUUACUCUUUCGGUAUAAUAGGUAUUAUCAUGUUGGUUGGCUGGUUACUAGGAAAAGACAUCUUGGAAAUGUUUACUAUCAGUGUAAGUUUGGCUGUAGCAGCGAUUCCUGAAGGUCUUCCCAUGUUGUGGUCACAGUGA